GAUUUAUUUGUUUCGCUUAAUGGUUGUUGAUAUUGUUGAUACUUAAACAUAAAUAUGCCUGCAGAGUUUGUUGUUGUUUUGACGGCAGCAGCAAUGUAGCAGCCCAACAAUAACAAAUUGCCAAAUUAUUUUGUAAUUCAUAAACAACAACAACAGCAACAGCAACAACAAAGUGUGCACAAAGUGCGCCGAGCAGCAGCAUCACCAAACGUCAGAGGCAACAACAAUAAGACAAUAAGAGCAACAACUAGUAGCGUCGGCACAUGCAUGCAACAGCUGCAGCUAUAACAACAACAACAAAAACAACAACAGCAACAACACAGAGCCAACCCAGAAGCUUUUGAGCCGGCGCUGACAACACGCCGUCUGCGUCGGCGUUCCAAGCUUUUGCCUAAACAUCAAGAGGCCGCCGCUGCUCACAUUUAUAUAUACAUACAUAAAUUAUCUCAGCGCAAUUGGCUUUUACCGUGCUAGCAGCUGACGGCGGCACGGCAAGGCCAACACAUGGAGUUUAACGCCUGUCUAAUAACAACAGCGAGAACAACAACAGCGAGUACAAAACCAGCGAAUACAACACCAGCGAGUCUCGCAACGGCAGCGAGCAACACGCCCAGCCCCUCGACCACAAACAGCAGGCAGCCAAGCGGUCGAGCUGCAGCGGCGCCAUUAAAGUCAAGACCACCGGGCUGCACGGCCACAGCAGCCUAGAGGGAGCGACAGAAAACGGAAGGAGAAAGAGACGGCGAUAGAUUCUAUAUAGCCAAUAUCAGUCGAUCGACAACGGAUUCAACAUAUCCUUGUGCAUCUCUCUCAUAAUGGGCACAAAAACGCAACCUCAGUUGGCCAAAGAUAAUGAGCGCAGGAUCCGCGCCAAUGACAAGGAAUUUAAUUCUCAGUUUAAAUAUCACAACAACUAUAUUAAGACGUCAAAGUAUACGCUGUUAACUUUCCUGCCGUUCAAUCUGCUCGAGCAAUUUCAGCGAUUGGCGAACUUCUAUUUUCUGUGCCUGCUGGUGCUCCAGCUCAUCCCGGCGAUAUCCUCGCUGACCCCAGUGACGACGGCGAUACCCUUGAUUGGUGUGCUGACGCUGACCGCCGUAAAGGAUGCCUACGAUGACAUCCAACGACAUCUGUCCGACUCGCAGGUGAACAACCGCAAGUCGAAGACACUGCGCAAUGGGAAACUGGUGGAGGCGAAGUGGUCGGAUGUGCAGGUGGGCGAUGUGAUACGCUUGGACAACAAUCAGUUUGUGGCCGCCGACAUAAUGCUGUUGACCACGUCGGAGCCAAGUGGCCUGUGCUUUAUUGAGACAGCGGAGCUGGACGGGGAGACGAACCUGAAGGCCAAGCAGUGCCUAAUGGAGACCACAGAGCUGGGCGAGCAGCACGAUCUGCUGUGGAGCUUUAAUGGCGAGAUCAUUUGCGAGCGACCCAACAAUCUGUUGAACAAAUUCGAGGGCACACUCAUAUGGAGGAAUCAGCGAUUCGCACUCGACAAUGAUAAGAUCCUGCUCCGUGGCUGUGUCCUGCGCAAUACACAAUGGUGCUACGGCGUGGUCGUGUUUGCCGGCGUUGACACCAAGCUCAUGCAGAACUCGGGCAAAACCCAGUUCAAGAGCACCGGCGUGGAUCGCUUGCUCAAUUUCAUUAUUAUUGGGAUUGUGCUCUUUCUGAUCUCCAUAUGCGCAUUCUUUGCGCUCGCCUGCGCCAUCUGGGAGGGUCUGAUUGGCCAGCAUUUUCAGCUGUAUUUGCCGUGGGAGCACAUCAUACCGCAAGAGAUGGUCGCAUCCGGUGCAACGGUCAUUGGCCUGCUCGUAUUCUUCUCAUACGCCAUAGUCUUAAACACUGUUGUGCCAAUUUCCCUCUAUGUUUCAGUAGAGGUCAUACGCUUUGCUCAGUCGUUUCUUAUCAAUUGGGACGAGGAGAUGUAUUAUGCACGCACCCAAACAUAUGCCAAAGCACGCACCACCACGCUCAACGAGGAGCUGGGCCAGAUACAGUACAUCUUCUCGGACAAGACGGGCACCCUCACCCAGAACAUCAUGACCUUUAACAAGUGCAGCAUUAAUGGUCGUACUUAUGGCGAUGUCUAUGACCUGCGCACCGGCGAGCUCAUCGAAAUAACUGAGCAGCAAACACUUUUCCAAACUAGCAACAGCAGCAACUGCAACAGCAACAACAACAGCAACUGCAGCAGCGGCAGCGGCGGCAGCGGCGGCGGCAACAAACGCAGCGGCAGCUCAUCGACGGCAGCUGCCCCACCCACAAUACUGGUGCACAAGGCGGAGGUGCAUGAGAAGAAGAGCGCAGUGCUGGUAACCACCGACGGUGGCACCCAAUUGGCCCACAGUGCGGAGCAGCUGCGCGGCUGCAUUGCCAGCGAACGAUUGUCGCCGACAGUGAGCACAGUGGAAAAUCCGUUGGCCCGGAAGCAGGUGCACUACCUGUCGCCUAGCAGAAGUGUCAGCAACGAGGAUGAUAUGGAUGAUCCUGGCGGGCACACGCGCACGCGCACGCACUCUGCCAGUGGCAGUGCCAGUGGCAGCAGCGGAUUGGGCGCUUGUUUUACGCGCAGCGGCCAGCGCAUGCGCCGUCAGCUGUCCGGCGGGCUGUCGACGAGCAGCGGCAGCGGCAGCGACAAAGCACUCGAACCGGUAGACUUCUCGGCCAAUCCGCACCACGAGAGCGACUUUCGCUGGUACGAUCGCACAUUAUUGGAUGCGGUUCGCUCGGAUGAGCCGCACGCACAUAACUUUUUCCGACUGCUCGCCAUCUGCCAUACGGUCAUGGCGGAGACCGUCGAUGGCCGCCUCGAGUACCAGGCGCAGAGUCCAGACGAAGCUGCGCUCGUCUCAGCGGCUCGCAACUUUGGCUUUGUGUUCCGUUCACGCACACCAAACAGUAUUACCAUCGAAGUGAUGGGUCGCCUGGAGGAAUACGAGCUGCUGCACAUACUCGACUUUAAUAAUGUGCGCAAACGCAUGUCCGUCAUCUUGCGUCGCGGCAACUCCGUGGUUCUCUACUGCAAGGGGGCAGAUAACGUGAUAUACGAUCGUUUGCACGGCGGACAGGAGGAUCUAAAGGCACGUACACAGGAUCACCUUAAUAAAUUCGCCGGCGAGGGUUUGCGUACUCUGGUGCUAGCGGAGCGUCGCCUGACGGAACAGUACUACAACGAAUGGCGAUUGCGACAGCAGGAGGCGGCUCUGUCCAUGGAUUCGCGCGAACAGAAGCUGAACGUGAUGUACGAGGAGGUCGAGAGUGAUAUGCAGCUGCUAGGCGUGACAGCCAUCGAGGAUAAGUUGCAGGACGGGGUGCCCAAGUCGAUAGCUAAUCUGCAGAGCGCGGGCAUUAAGAUCUGGGUUCUCACAGGCGACAAACAAGAAACGGCCAUCAACAUUGGCUACUCUUGCCAGCUGCUGACGGAUGAGCUCGUGGAUGUCUUUAUUGUGGAUGGCAGCUCUGUGGAGGAGGUGGAGAAGCAACUGCGUCAGUUCAAAGAGUCCAUCAAGAUAUUCGAUCGCUUUAGGCCGGGCGGUUCCGAGACGCUUAAUCAAUAUAACAGCGACAGCAGUAUGGAUCCCAUGGGCGUUGCGAUGACGCAGACAUCUGCAUUUAUGCAGGAUCCAAACGGUUCGACCAUACCACAGCCGCCGCCAGCCAUAUCAGUGGUUACCUUUAGGUGGGAUGCGAAAAUUAAGGAUAAUAAGGGCGGACCGGACAGUGCCGAGUGCACUGAUCUCUUUGGGGAUGCCGAGAAAAGCGAGGACGGAAGACGCACUGCUCCCUCCGUUGUAGUGGAUGAGUCCACAGGCUUUGCCUUGGUUGUCAAUGGCCACUCACUGGUUCAUUGUCUGUCGCCGGAGCUGGAGACCAAGUUCUUGGACAUUGCCUCACAGUGCAAGGCGGUGAUAUGUUGCCGUGUGACGCCACUGCAAAAGGCGCUGGUCGUCGAACUAAUCAAGCGUGCCAAAAAUGCCGUCACACUGGCCAUUGGGGAUGGCGCCAACGAUGUCUCCAUGAUCAAGGCCGCGCACAUUGGCGUGGGCAUCUCGGGCCAGGAGGGCCUACAAGCGGUGCUAUCCAGCGAUUACGCGAUUGCCCAGUUCUGCUAUCUGGAGCGUCUAUUGCUGGUGCACGGACGCUGGUCCUAUUAUCGCAUGUGCAAGUUUCUGCGCUACUUUUUUUACAAGAACUUUGCAUUUACGCUGUGCCACUGCUGGUAUUCCCUCUUCUGUGGCUUCAGUGCACAGACCGUGUUCGAUCCCAUGUUCAUAUCGGUGUACAAUCUGUUCUACACAUCACUGCCGGUGCUGGCACUGGGCGUCUUUGAGCAGGACGUUUCGGACAAGCAUAGCUUGGAGUACCCGCGUCUUUAUGCGCCGGGUCUGAAGAGUGAACUCUUCAACAUACGCGAGUUCAUCUACAGCGUUCUGCAUGGCGCCUUCACCUCGCUCAUCCUGUUCCUUAUACCGUAUGGCGUCUACAAGGAUGGCGUCUCGCACAAUGGCUACAUAUUGAGCGACCACAUGACCCUGGGCGCUGUCGUGGCCACCAUACUGAUCGUGGACAACACAGCCCAGAUUUCGCUCUACACCUCCUACUGGACCAUAGUCAAUCAUAUAACCAUCUGGGGCAGCCUCAUUUGGUACUUUGUGCUAGACUAUUUCUACAACUAUGUAAUUGGCGGACCCUACGUAGGCUCCCUGACACAGGCCAUGAUGGAUUUGACCUUUUGGAUGACCAUGCUAAUAACUGUCGUCAUGCUGAUGGCACCGGUGCUAGCCUAUAAGUUCUAUCUGCUGGAUGUGCAUCCUAGCUUGUCCGACAAGAUUCGCCAAAGGUCGCUGAAGAAAGUUCACUCGCGCGUCUCCAGCGAUGUGCGGCGUACUCCGUCCUCGCGGCGUGGACGCCGCUCUGUGCGUUCAGGCUACGCCUUUGCCCAUCAGGAGGGCUUUGGCCGGCUGAUCACGUCGGGCAAGAUUAUGCACAAGAUGCCACAGGACUUUGCCUUUCCGCUGGGCUUGGGCACCAAGAAGACGCAGGCGCUGCACAAUAACCUGGGCGAUGGCGUGACUAAAAAGCAGACGCCCUCAAUUAGCCACAACCACAACAACAUCAGCAGCAAAAACAAUAACAACACGAAUCUGCGUCACAAUCACAACAAUCAAAUACAUUCAUCAAUGGCGGAUAUAAGGCACGAUGGGCAAAGCAGCAGUGAUAUGAAUCAAGGAAGCGCCAGCACGGACGAGCUCAGCCCGCGUGCGCCCUGUCAGGAUCUGGAUACAAUUAAUCUCUAGUAUCACAACAACAAUAACAAAAA